AUGUGGUGUCUAAGAAGAAUCUUUAGGAUCGGUUGGAAGGACAAAAUUAAGAAUGUUGAUAUUCUUGAGAAGACUAACAUCAAGGAUAGGUGGCUGAAUCAAAUUGCAAGGAGGAAGAUGAAGUUUGAGGGACACGUUCUUAGGGGCCCGGCUGGGGAUUUGGAGUUGCUAGUGUUGGAAGGAUUGAAUGAUAAUAUUAAUAUCAAUAAUAAUAAUGGUAAUAAUAAUAAUAAUGAUAGUAAUAAUGAUAAUGGUAGUAGUAAUAAUAAUAAUAACAAUAAUAAUAAUGAUAAUGAUAGUGAUAAUAAUAAUGAUGAUGAUAAUGAUAAUAAUAAUAAUAAUAAUAAUAUUGAUAAUAAUAAUAAUAUUAGUAGUAAUAAUAAUAAUAAUAAUAAUAAUAAUAAUGGUAAAAAUAAUAAUAAUAAUGAUAAUAAUAAUAAUAAUAAUAAUAAUAAUAAUAAUAAUAAUAAUAAUAAUGAUAAUAAUAAUAAUAAUAAUGAUAAUAAUAAUAAUAAUAAUGAUAAUAAUAAUAAUAAUAAUAAUAAUAAUAAUAAUAAUAAUAAUAAUAAUAGAAAUAAUAAUAAUAAUGAUAAUAAUGAUAUAGAUAAUAAUAAUAAUAAUAAUAAUAAUAAUAAUAAUAAUAAUAAUAAUAAUAAUAAUAAUAAUUACAACAACAAUAACAACAACAACAACCAGAAUAAUAAUAAUAAUGAUAAUAACAAUGAUAAUAAUAAUAAUAAUAACAUCAUUAUUAUUAUUAUCAUUAAUGAUAAAUAUACUAAUAAUAAUUCUGAUAAUAAUAAUGAUAAUAAUAAUAAUAAUAAUAAUAAUAAUAAUAAUAAUAAUGAUAAUAAUAAUAAUAAUAAUAAUAAUAAUAAUAAUAAUAAUAAUAAUUCCCUGGCCUUGUCGGUCUCAGAAGCUAGAGCAAGAUUGGGUGGAACCGCCAAGGGCCAUUAUAAUUGGAUGAUCAUGGAUAUCCUCCUUUGA